AUGUUCUUCUUCUUCAUAUGCGGUGAGCACACCUUCCGCAGUGAGAUUCCUGGGUAUGAGGGAAUGGUGUGUCAAUGCCACCAUUGCGGAAACAUGGCAGCCCACGUUGUCAAGAGCCGCCCAUUCUUUACCUUCUGCUUCGUUCCCUUAGAGAAUCGUCCGGAUGUUAUGGCCAUGGCUAAUCGUGGCGGCGGAGGUGGUAAUCAAGGUGGCGGGCAACACGGCCCUCCUCCACCUCAAGGUGGACAGCAGCGAUAUGGCUGA